CCUCUUAGAAGUUCCGCCAACAAUUGAGUUUAAGACUCCAAUUUUCAUUGCAGAAUUGCAGAAUGGGAACCAAAGGAGAAACCAAGCUUAAAACAGAAUUGCAGGAGAUGGUUUUGCAAACUUUCACACAAUUUUCGACGAGGGUUGCAAAAAUUGAGGAACUCGGUGCUGUUGGAAGUAGAUUACUUAGUGGGUUUCAACAAGGGCUUGAAUUGCUUCGACGGUCUCCAUUGAACAGCAAGUCUGAGUUAAUACAAAGCAUCAUCAAAGCAAAUGAAACAGAGAGGGUUAAGACAUAUAUGGCAGCUGGAUGUAUUAAAAAUUACGAUAGUAUCCAAAAUAUGAGCAACUUAAAUGCAUGCCUACUCGGACUUCAAGACCAUUUAACUAAAGCAAAAAGCAUAUUAAAUGAACUGGAAAAUCUUCUCGAGGAUUUAGCUAGUGCAAUUAACUCUUCGAAAGAAAGUUUCUCACCUUUGAAGGAUGAAGAUCUAUGUGAAGAAUUUGAUCAACGAGCAAUUAUUGACCAGGAAGAGAUGUGGCCAUCAGCUCUUCAAGAAAGUGAGGUGACAGAUUAUGCUGCUUUGAUGGGGAUCAUUUACAAUAUGGUCAAGCAAGACUAUGUGAUGCAGGUAGUGAAUUUUGAACUUUCAUAUAUUUGGGUGGGGAUGCAAGUAGUCCUUCAAAUGCAUGGCUUUAACUUUGUUGCAGGAAAGGAUUGUUACUUCAUUAAAUCUCAAAUCUCUGCCCGGGGAAUUGGAGAGCUAUUGUCUGAUGUGGUCUCUGCGCCCUUUUAUUAAUGAUGAAAUUAUGCAUCAGGCCUGGAGGCUUGUUGACUAGUAAUUCAUGGUUUUUCAAACUGUAGAUUGCUUUUUAGCAGCCUAGCAUUGUUGUACUUGUGAAAAACCGUAUUGAAUAUGCAUGCAGUUGCUUAUUUCUUUUUCCAAAAUAUAUCAUAAGAGUGUUGCAAUAGUUGAACUAAUUUCCGUAAAGAAAAUAUAGAAACAUUAUAUUCAAUAGCUUGUAAACUUUUCUGAGGUGGUUAGAUGUAAAUCUGUAAUGUACCUGACGAUGGUUUUCAUUUUUAUACACUAAUGUCAAGCCUUUCUCUUUCUUUA